AUGGACAGUUACGAAUUCAUUCGUCAAAUACGCCACGGAAGCAGUGAUACUGCCAUGCUUGCGUGCUGCAAGGAGGACCGUUCGAAGUUGUGCAUCGUUAAAGUGGUUCCUCUGUCGCUUCUAGAAAGAUGUGAAUUUCCUGACCGCUGUGGCGACAGGGCACUAAAAGAGGCAGCGCUGUUGGCGGCUUCGUGCCACCCAUUCAUUGUCAACUAUAGGAACCUGUUUGCGGAAAAUGGGAAUUUGCAUGUCGUUAUGGACUACGGUGACGGUGGCGACCUUCAUGCUCAAAUCGUCAGAAUGCGUGCGAAGCGUUCCUCUUUCGACGAGGGCGCUAUCCUACGAUGGUUAGUGCAGCUUUGCUUGGCCUUGAAUUUUCUGCAUGAACACAACAUCCUUCACCGGGACUUGAAGUCGCGCAACGUCUUUUUAGACGGCCACGACCCUGGCACGGUGAAGCUCGGAGGUUUUGGACUCGCGAAAGCUCUUCAGAGCCCACAGUAUUCUGCCAGCACGCGCGUUAGCGCUGAGGACUACAUCUCGCCAGAGGUCUGCGAGGAGAGACCAUACAGUGACAAAUCUGACAUAUGGUUUUUGGGAUGUAUUCUGUAUGAGCUCGCCUGCUUACGGCUUCCUUUUGAGGAGGACUCAGAACAUAGUGUUUUAGAGAAGAUCAAGAAGGGAAUGUACCAUGCUGUCAACCCAAAGUACUCAGACGAGACUGUAAGACUGAUCAAUGACAUGCUAUCCGUGGACCCCCGCAGACGGCCCUCGACUGAAGAGAUAUUGAGCAGGCCGCACAUUCAGCCACAUCUACAACGGAUCUUGCGAGAGAACAAACGCAAGCCGAUGCCUUCCGCCUCAGUGUCCAUCGUGCAAUCAAGGGUGCGGCAGAUUCAGAACGAACUCGCUAAAAUUCAUGAACUCGUCUGCGGCGUCGACGAGCAGCGGUCCGCGUUCCAAAAGCUCAGGACGAGCACGCCUGAAAUCGUCCUUCCCUUCCUCUCACCUGGAGUUGCGGGAGCGUGCAACGAACUGAGCCCAGACUUGCCAGUGGUACAAGAUGCCAGCAGCGGUUGCACUCCGGAGGGGCCAAGUGUGCAAGUGGGCGGUAGUUUUGCGGAACCGGAUCGAAGAUCAAACACAGUGGAAGAUGUCAAGCGAAAGAGAGUUGAACAGGAUGAGCAGCUCUCGCGAGGUCGUGAAGAAGCGCUCAGCUCCAUCCGAAAACAGUAUCAACAGGACAGGCUGCGUCUAGCGGAGAAGCACUGGCAAAGGAUCGAACUUGGUCAUGGAUAUAUCGAAAACGCCGGAACGACUCCACCGACCUCGUCGACUACUGAGCUGCGAGAGGCGACUGCAUGCUCCGCUGCGAAGCUCCAAGGGCGACAGCAGAGACGACGCGAACAGCAGAUUGGCCUCCGCCUGUUUGUAGCUCGGCAAAGAGAGCUCCGGAAGCGUGGACAGCCCGCUGCCGGAGACGACGCUUGCGAAGAUGAGCUAAUUGUUUCGUCUCAGCGGGAUUCUGCAUCCGCUGAAACUGCUCACGCACCUCAGCCUGCAGGGUCACACAGUGAUAUAGGGCGCGGUUCGGGCACAAACACUCAGGAAGAAACCGUGAGUGGAGCGAACUGCGGUGACCUUUCCCUAACUUGUGGUUCACUCGAAGGCGACGGUGACUUGGCAGAAAGGCCAUGUCGCCCUCAUAGACACCGACUGAAAGGUGAGGCGUCCGACUCAUGUGGUAGAGGAGGAGCCGCAGGGAAAGUGGAGUUUUUUUGUUGCUGCUGCACAAGGAACCGGGAGUCAGCAAAUAGGAAGGGGUCGGCCAUCGGACGAACUUCGGCGGACCCGUUUCGAGGCCAAGCUUCCAUUAACAGGCGAGGAGGAGAUUCUUGCAAGUGCCACGAAUCCGCUGAUUGUUUGUGUCGCCACAUCGGCGACGAACUCAAGACUCAGAGCCUUGAUUAUGAGGCUGCUAGAGGCCAGCCCCCAAGCCAGCGACGUGAAAGCCUUAUGCAGCAAUCAAUGAAAAUCAAUGCUGAACAAGUGUGCCAGCGCUCAGACACUGUCGUCAAGACCCGGACAGUCAUUCGGCAAGGCCAGGUUCUCAACGGAAAGGACGAUUUGAGAAUAUCCUCCUUGAAGCGCCUGGACACUCUCAAGCGGCGGCUCGUGAAGGUGAGUCUCCUCUCGAGAUCUGGCCGAUUAGUUUCCCUUAAGCGAUAA